UGUGACAUCAGCGCGCUGUCGCUGUGUGAGACGGGCCAGCGCCCGCAGCUGCCAGUGCAGUCGCGAUGGGACGUGCUGGAGCCAUGGGUGACGGUGACGUCCUGCUGACUGCGCUUGUCCUGCUGCUGGCCGCCGUGGCUGUCUGGUGGGCCUUUGGCCACCGGCAACCACGGAGCCGGAGCACAAGGAAAGCGAAGAGGAGCAAGCGCCCCAGGGUCCGGCCCAGAGGCUCAUGGAGGAAGCGAGGAGCCCCUGCGGCUCCCAGGUUCCCCAGGCCUCGGGCUGCUCCUGGCAAGCGGCCACGUGCUCCCGCCAGCCCCCUGGGCAGCCCCUGCAGCUGCGGCCCCUGCCUGGCAGUGGCCCGGGAGCUGCGCGAACUGAUGCUGCAGCUCUGGGAUGGCAACGGAACACGUGCGCCCCUCUACUCUGGGAUGUGGCAGGCGUUGUGGAAAGAGCUGAAGGAGCUGCUGGAGCGAGGCCACCUGCCCUGCUGUGGCUCGGCCAGCUCCUCCACAAGCCUCCAUCCCUUCCAGAGGCUGCUCCCAGCGAGAUUCUCCAUCACUGGGAGAGCCUCAAGGCCUGCAAGGAUGGCACAGCAGGGGGGAGCCACCACCAUCCAUGCAGGAACCUCAGGCUGUCAGAGACCCUGCACCCUGCCACCAGCCUCUGCUAUCUCUGACAGCCUCCAUCCCUCGCAGAGGCUCAGUGAGACCUGUCAGCCUGCGGAAGGAGCAGAGCCCGCGGACAGGUCUCCCAGCUCCCUUGGACUCACGGACAUCAACGACACGGGCGCAAUCCUGACCCUUUACGUGUCAGGCGAAAGCCCAGAAGUCCAAAUGGGAGCCCAGCCCGAUGCGGGGGAGCCUGCUCAGGAGCAGCUGACGGGGCAGCAAGAGUCCUGGAGCCAGCUGUGGUCAUCCCACAGCGGCCAGGACAGCCAGGACGCUGCGCCGGUUCUGCCAGCUGGCAACAGCCCCAGCCUGGUGGUGGAGACGAGCCUUCAGAGGUUCCUCCAUCUGCAGGAAGCUGCCCCGAGACAGCCCUCGAGUGCCGCGAAGGGCUUUCUAGUAGCAGCCGCUCCUGGGUUUCCCCCGUGCCAAGCCUCGGGCUGCAGCCCCGGCCGUCGGCAGGAGCAGAGCCCAGCCCACGACGCCGGGGACAGCGACGGUGCCGCCCUGCCCCGCUGGCCCGGGGCUGCCGCAGCCGCCUGUGCGCGCUGCCCCGGCCCGGCUCUGCCGCUCGCCAGCCCGGCGGCUGCAGGGCGGUGGCCGCUGCCCGGCGCGCAGCAGGAAGCGGGGCAAAGGAGGCAGCGGCAUGAGCUGUACCUGUGGGGCCCGCCGCUGGGCAGCGGCGGCUUCGGCACCGUCUUCUCGGGCAUCCGCCUCUCGGACGGCAGCCCGGUGGCCCUCAAACGCGUGGCCCGGGAGAGCGUCCUGCAGUGGGACGAGCUGCCCGACGGCACCCGCGUGCCCUUGGAGGUGGUGCUGAUGGAGAAGGUGGGCUCUGGCUGCCAGAACAUCAUCCAGCUGCUCGACUGGUUUGAGCUGCCGGAUAGCUUCAUCCUGGUGCUGGAGCGUCCGGGGGCAUCACGGGAUCUCCUGGAGUUCCUGCAGGAGCAGGACCAGGGGUUCCUGUGCGAGGAGCAGGCGCGCUGGCUUUUCUGCCAGGUGCUGGAGGCCGUGCGGCACUGCACCGCCUGCGGCGUCCUGCACCGGGACAUCAAGCCGGAGAACCUCCUCGUGGACCCGGAGAGCGGCGACCUGAAGCUCAUCGACUUCGGUUGCGGCACCUUCCUCCAGGAGCGGGCCUUCACGGACUUUGCCGGAACGCGCGUGUACAGCCCGCCCGAGUGGACCUGGCUGGGUUGCUACCACGGCCACGCGGCCACCAUCUGGUCCCUGGGCGUGCUGCUGUACGUCAUGGUCUGCGGCAGCCUCCCCUUUCAGGACGACCAAGCCAUCGUGCUGGGGAAGCUCUUCUUCCGGCGGCAGCUCUCUCCAGAGCUCCAGCACCUGAUCCGAUGGUGUUUGGCCAAGCACCCUGCGGACAGGCCGGAGCUGGAGGAGAUCUCGCGCCACCAUUGGGUGUGGGGCCGGCGUUUUUGAUGCCUUGCCGGAGCCUCUGCAGUGUUAAGAAAAUAAGGCCUUUUUGUUCAUAAUAUAGAGUUUUCACAUCUAUAGAAUAGAAUCUUCACUUAGAGUUUUCACUUGUCUGAAUGUUAGGAAAAUAAGGCCUUU